AUGGGAAGCAAGCUGUCCCCAUUGCUAGCGGACCUCUUCAUGAACGAUUUUGAGAACGAAGCUCAAAAGAAAAAGUUGUUUCCCAGGAUCUGGUGGCGCUAUGUUGAUGUUAUUUUUGCUCCGGUUAAGGAACGAUACCUGGAUCAAACGUUGAGCAUGUUAAACUCCCAACACAAUACGAUCAAAUUUACUGUAGAAAAGGAAGUGGAAGGGAGACUCCCCUUUCUCGAUCUGUUGAUCAGUAGAAAAGAAGACAGCACGUUGAAAGUCGGGAUCUACCGGAAGCCUACCUCCACUGAUAGAUACAUUACUUCGGACUCUAAUCACUUCGGUGCCCAGAAGCAAGCCGCUUUCCACUCUAUGGAACACCGGUUGUUCAACGUACCCAUGGCGAAAGAAGAGUUUGAAGAAGAGAAAGACCGUAUUUAUUCAGCAGCCGAAGUGAAUGGGUACGACAGGUCUUUUGUGGAUAAAAUCAUCCGGAAACAUAAGCGAACAACACAGCGCGACAGUAUAACUACCCUCCAGCCGGACACCAAAGAAGUCAAAAGAGUCAACCUGCCAUUCUACCCGAAAAUAACGAACCCCAUAAAAACCACACUUCACCGACAAGGGUUACACGUUGUCCACAAAGUUGAGAACACUUUGCGUGACCUGCUUUGCAACCUCAAAGACAAGGUUCCACCUGACGAGCAGUCUGGCAUAUACCAGAUUCCCUACAAAGACUGUCCGGCGGUUUACAUUGGACAAACCCGCCGGAAAGUCAAAGUCCGCAUAAGGGAACAUAAGAACGCCGUGGUAUCUAAGAAAAGCAACGAAUCGAGCGUGGCGACUCAUACGGUGGAAACCGACCACGAAAUAGAUUGGGGAAGUGCGAAGCUCGUAAAAACUCACUUGCACUUUGAUUACGGUGUGGAAUCACCCCGCACUGUUUUCUUCCGAUCGUCCCGCGAAUGGGCGAAAACACUGCACCACCCACAAAACCACGGCGAUUGCAAGCUCACCUGA